AUGCUUUGUAUUUAUGACGUGUGGCGAGUGCGCUCCCUCCAAUUUCAAUUGGGCACCUCGCAAAAGCGGCGCAAACUGGCAGACGGCCUCUAUACCGACGAGCCCGAGGUCGACGAGGUGGUUGCCAGGGAUGUGGACACGUACCUUCACAAGCUCCACACGCUAAUGAUUGCCUAUGCGCUCAAUGGGGUGCAGGUGAUAGUGGGAGUUGACCCGUCGGGGCAAAAAGCGCUGGGUGCCAAUACUUGCCAGUUCGUCGAGGUCGCGUUGGAUUGUGUGCUGGCAUACUACUACAGGGCCCGCAAGGCUGCUAUGCAGGCCCCGCCCGUGCAGCGAUUGAGCUGGCUCCAGCAUAGCGACGCUGAGGAGCGAGCGGAGUGGGUCUCGCGGUUCUGGGAGGGGACCCGGACGCUCGGCGCAGUUAUUAAAGAGGUGAUGGCGGCGAGAGACGCCCAUUGGUUGGCCCCAGUGCUUCCGGAGGCGGGGCCGGUCGCGCCUAAGCCCCAGCCGGUUGCCACCGAGCCCACCAAGAUUUCUUCCUUGUUUGUCGCAGGCCCCUUGGUGGGAGGUAAGCCCACGGCCCGCGUCAUGAAGGACGGCACGAGGCUGUGCGGCGACUUCCAGAAAAGUUCCUGCAAGCAUUCACCCCCGUGCCCGAAUGGGGCCUAUCGCUGCGCCGUGGUCUUCCGUGCCGAGAGGGUCUGCGGAGCGCCCAACCAUGGGGCGGCCAAAUGCAAGGCGAAGGCCAAGGCGAGGAGGGAGUUGACCCCCUGCCUGGUGAUGCUUCACCGCGAUGACAUGGUUUUGGGCCGGGCCUUCCGGUGCUGCGGUUGGAGAGUUUUGGUCGCAGACCGCUUGAUCGAAGAGCCCGAUUGCGUACGGACAGGGCUGGCACCGCCCCCGCCAUACUCGCUGCACACCUUCGAACAAAUGUUGUUGGGCUGUGCCUCCAGAGGGGCCGCUGUCGUCCAGGAGGGGGUUCCUCCUGAGACAGGGAGCGACCCCUGGGAGUACAGGUCUCGCAGGCUUCCGGUCACCAAAUGGUGCUCCCCGUUCACGCCGGGGCACGAUUGCACCCCUUCCGAGUGGAUGCAUCUCUUUGUCGAGCACAUCCUUGACAACUUCUGGACAUCUCUCCCCGAGUUGCGGGGUGCCACUUUGGUCUGCGACUGCCCCUUGGGCUCUUUGUGUGAAAGGGACAUCUUGGCAGGCCUCGUGUGGUACCAGCUGGCAUCGUGUCGGGGUGAGGGUGGUUGGAAGGGUCGGCCAGUCCCGGCAUGGAGUGCCGUGUGGGCCACCUUCACCCAGUUACUGGCAUCCGAGUCUGUCAUCACGGCUUUCCGUAGCCUUUUUCCUUCCUCGGCCUUCCGCGGCUUUGUCUUUCCUUUCAUCGAGGAUCUGGUGAACAGUGAUUCGCUGGGAUGGUUGAUGCAGCGAACGGCGGAGGGCCAGCAGGCAGGGGCGCUCUCAGGAAGGGCGGCGCUUCCCCCCCUUCUCCCCUUCGGCCUGUCCCCGGACGAGCAUUUCGAGCGGGCCUUGGCUAGGGGAGACGACCCCUUGCCAACAGAACACCCGCCGGUCCUGGAUCAGGACCUCCACUUCGCGGCAGCGAUGACUGUCGGUUCUCUUGGCCGUCUUCGCGAGUUGAGGCGCGAGUGUGUCCGCCCGCUUCGGGAGCUGAAGCACCGUUGGAGCCAAGUGGGGGACCACCUGCGUAAGCUCCAGACUCCGGCGGUCCGGAAGGUCACGGCUCAGCGCGACCUAGGAUUGCUCAGUCUCUUUGUUGUUCUUCUGUCGUGGCCGGAUACUACUCUUCCUUCGCAUCUUUUGUUCGGCAUGCCGGCGGUCGGCACUUCCCUUCCGUGUGGUGUCUUUCCGCAACAGAGCUUCGACACUAUCCCGCUCCACCGGCUCUUCGAGAAUGUGGAUUCCCAUAACAAGGCUAUUCAGGGCUCUAUUCGGCCAGGGCCACAUGAUGCCUUUCUGUUGGAGCAAUCUACUAAGGACUUCGAGGCGGGCUUCUGUUCGGCACCAUUGCUUCUUCGUCACACCAAGGGCAAACCAAUUCGAUUAAUACCACGGUGCGUGAUUUCCCAGGCCUCCGGCAAGCAGAGAGUGAUCGACAACGCGGACCACGGCGGACAGAGCGAGCUUAGCUCUGACUCAAACAAGUUGCCGGACGCCUAUCGCCAUUGCCCUAUGGACAAGGACCAGUCCAGAGCCUGUGUGGUGGUGUGGUACCACAAGGAUUGGGCCCAGCCGGCGUACCAGGUGUACUCAGGCCUCCUCUUUGGGCUCCCGCUUGCGGUGACUAGCUUCAAUCGGCUCAGCAGGUUUUCUGAAGCGGUGGGCCGUCGGCUUGUCUGUGUCCUGGUAUCUAUGUACUUCGAUGACGCGCAUCUUACAGACCCAGCUUCUGCCAAAGGCUCCGCCCAGUUUGCUUUUUCCGAAGUCAACAAACUCUUGGGCUCCCCCUUCGCAGAGGCUAAGCGACAGUCGAUGAGUAUGGUCGGCGACUUCCUCGGGUUGGAGUGGGAUAAUUUCCGCGACGUGGGGAGUGAACACGUCGUGAAAUUCUGGGAUGGCUGUCUCCCGCCAGGCUUGGCUUCGAAGCUGUAUGGUAUGCUUAACUUUCUCGAACAAGGGGUGUAUGGACGUAUUGGCACAGGGGGUAUCGGUGCCCUUAAGGAACGCCAGUACGAGGCAGCCCGGGAGUUGACCCCGGCUAUCCGUUCGUCCUUUGAGGUCAUCCGAGCCAUUUUGUCGCUACGGCCCCGUCGGGCCGUGGAGGUGCUUCCCUCCCUCCUCUUGCGCCCGUUUCGUUGCCGCCAGCGACGCGAUAUCAAAAUCGCCCAACUCGAGCUCUCAAUGGUCCUGUUUGCCCUCACAGCCCGGGCUUCCACUUUUCGUUUCCGCCGUGGCACUUGGUACAUCGACAAUGUGGUUCCAGGCUUGAAAUUUCAUACCUGGUUGGACAACGAAGCCAAAACCUUGCAACGGCUGUUGUGCAAAGCUCGUCGCUCCAUCGCCAUGGACAACGAUGAGGACGACUACGAUGACGAGAAGAUUACUGGCGAUGGCGAGGCGGCUUUGAUGCUGCUGAUGAAGAGGAUGAUAAAUGCAUCGUUUUCCGGCUGCAAUGGAAUUGACAGUGGAUGCUAUGCCACCUUUGACGAGAUUGCGGGCAAAGACGUGACAUUAUCCACCGGCUCGGGACAUUCGGAAGUGGAGGACGAUGAUGGAUGGGGCGAUGAUUAUGGCCCACAUGCUGAAGACGACAAUGCCGAGGAUUGGGAAGAAGAACAAGUGGAGCAGGUCGAAGUUCCUUGGAAGGACAAUGAAGAAUGGCCUGAGGACUGGGAUGGGCCCGAUUCCGCAGUUGCCGAGCAAGACGACAAUUGGGUCGAGGACCUUGGAGAAGAAGAAGAUCUUCAGGAAGAUGAAUGGGAGGAGGACGAAGCCCAAGCCGAAGAGAAGGGUACGAUCUUUGCAAAGGAGCCCACAGCGCCGAAUGAUGACUGGCCAGAGGCAGGUCGAUGUUUAUUGGUUCGUAUCAGAUCUGUAUUCCAGAUUCAGUCGCAACCCGACAGGACGACACGCAGACUCCUUCUGCUGAGGAUCGACCCGCUUUGCCACUGA